GGGGUCUCUCCCACCGGGCCUACAAUUAAAACUUUCAGACAGGGAGGCCAAAGUUCCACUGUAACUCUAAAGGGUAAGAAACCCCACUCUUACACUCGAGCGAGAAUCAGCAACAUGAGAUGGACCCUUAUUAUUCGGAUGAAAGCGAAACCUUGCGAAACAAGGCUCGACCGACUCAAUGCAACUGUUUUGGGCCUGUUUCUCGCCUGCCAACAUCGAGUACCCUUGUGGUUUGGACAAACUUGUAAGAAUAGCUGCGCAAUUCGUCGUCCUCCAUGCUUCACACACGCUCAAUACCAUCGAGCUCAGCCCUAUCGAAGUUACACUACACCUCGAAUUCUGCAGCAGCCCAGCUUGACGACCGAGAUCGCGGCGCAUUCACACCAUGCCAAGCUGGGACAGCUUGCAAUCCUUCCGUCUCCACCAAAAAUGCCGACCACUGAUCAGCCAUGCGCCGCACCCCUCCACAUGCCCCCCAGGAUCCCGUCCCAUGUUACUUUGCCCUCAACCAGCAUGGCGGCUCUGCUAUAGUCUCGAAAACCCCAGGGCUCCGUCAUAGGUAGCACACAUGGCUAUUCGUGUGAAGGACAUGGGACUGAGCAACGACUGACUGGCUUGGCAGAAUAUCUUAUUUUUAUUUUUGUCUCUCAUUAUUCCUCUAUGGACCUCUUCACCAUCGCCUUGUUCCCGC